AUGGCUUCAAUCCUCCCGGAUGAAGUACAACAGCUGCCGGACGGUGCGCAGUCCGGCCAGUCCUCUCCUCCCCUCACGCCUGUCACGCCUGGGGUCGAAGAAACCCAGCAAGAUGCUCAGCAAAAGACCAAAGGCCGAAAGAGGCUUCUCAGGGGUAUACAGCGGAUAGCAUCCAGUCCGUCCCUGGUUAGGCUGGGCCGUGGUCGGUCCGCUUCAGAGGGAUCGCGACGCUUUCGAACAGGAGCAUCCAUAUCCUGCGUCUCUUUAACCUCCAAUUGCUGGGAUGAUCCGACCGCCUAUGGCGAUCUUACAGCCAGACGAUUCUCUCCUGCCGCUUCGGCUGUCUGUUCCGGUGCAGACGAUCAACAUGUGCCCAACCGGGUUGUUGGGACGGAUAGUACAGCUCAGAACCAGACUUCCAUCCCACUUCCAGCAGAUAUGCGACCGUCAUCUCGUGCAAUGAUGUUGAAUUCCAUGGCAGAAGAAGAGAUUUAUGUGGAUGCCCUGUCGGAGAAAAGUGUGGUACCAGUACGCCCACGGCAGGAUACGUUUAUUCAACUCCCCAUGGAAGUCAGGAUCAACAUUCUCAAACAACUUGGCCCGAAAGACUUGUUUAAAUGUUCUGCCGUGUCGAAGAGUUGGAACAAGAUGUGCUUCGAUGGUCAGCUCUGGGCAUGUCUGGAUACCUCAACCUACUAUCAGGAGAUACCCCGAAGUGCCUUGCUCAAGGUGAUUCUGGCUGCUGGACCGUUCUUGAGAAACCUGAGCCUCCGUGGAUGUGCCCAACUACUUGAGAUCUGGCGCACAGAAGGUGAUCGCGUGACGAACCUGUGCCGAAACUUAGUGCAGUUGAAUAUCGAAGACUGUUUGAUGGACCCGGCAACAAUUGACUGCUUCUUCACUCGCAACCCGCGGUUGAGGCAUCUUAACAUGUGUGGUGUCUCUACCGCCGACAACUCCGCUAUGGAAGCUAUCGCAGAGAACUGUCCGAUGCUAGAGUCUUUAAACAUCUCAUGGUGCCAUGGGGUGGACACCGGAGGCCUCUCCAGCGUUGUCAAGUCUUGCACUCAGCUCAAGGACCUACGAGUUACCCGCAUCAUAGGAUGGGAUAACGAGGAAAUUAUGUCGGAUUUGUUCAAAUCAAACUCGCUGGAACGACUUGUCCUCGCUGACUGCGCCUCCUUGACUGAUGCCAGCUUGAAAGCACUCAUCCACGGCAUCAACCCGGAAAUCGACAUCCUCACCGGCCGCCCAAUCGUCCCCCCACGAAAAUUCAGACAUCUGAACCUUUCCAACUGCCGUCUCCUCAGUGAAAUGGGGGUGAAAAGCCUUGCGUACAACGUCCCUGAGCUUGAGGGUCUCAAUCUUUCAUUCCUCAGCAGCCUGACAGAUGACUGUAUCGCAUCCAUCAUCAACACAACCCCAAAACUCAGGUUUAUCGAACUGGAAGAGCUCGGUGAACUAACGAACUUUGUCACCACUGAGUUGGCCAGAGCCCCGUGCUCUCAAACCCUUGAACAUCUGAACAUUAGCUUCUGUGAAAAUAUCGGAGACACAGGGAUUUUGCCCUUACUACGCAAAUGCCCUAACAUUCGAUCUCUUGACUUGGAUAAUACCCGCAUCUCCGAUCUCACGCUAAUGGAAAUUUGCUCUCAAAUGCGAAAGCGUGGCGUUGGGCCUGAACUUUCGAAGAUUGGUUUCCGCCUGGCGGUAUUUGACUGCGGAAACGUAACCUGGGCUGGGGUCCGUGAAGUGCUUUCCAACAAUUGCUCUGUUCCGUGGAUGUCUUACCCACCCUCCGGUGCACCAAAACCAAUUCGUGCAUCACCUUCUCCUCGUUAUUCUGAAGAUGGAGAGGAGGAAGAUAGGGGAGAAGGAAUUAUGGGAGACGACGACGACGACAGCUCUUCUACCAUGUCCAGUGGUAGCUCUCUCACAUCUACCUCCACAGACUCUGACUCCGGAGCGUCAACACCCUACCUACCAGCAUUAUCAACUCCCGCGCCACAGCCAACGCCCCGCCCACACCUCUACCCAACUGAAAUCAUCAGUCUUAAAUGUUACUAUGGAUGGCAAAAGACUGUGGAUGAACAUACCAAGCGAGUCCUUCGCGGGAACCUCGCUUCUGCCAUGCGUCUGGAGAGAAAAUGGGGCGACUACAUGAUGGCCAACGAAGAGACUGGUGGCACCACCAGAAGAAGCAGACGUCGAGCAAGGGAUUUGGAAGCUCUAUAUGACUUGGAUGAAGACCAAGAGUAUGGUUAUGGGCCAGCUGGAUUGGCACCAUUAGGCGGAAGAAGACGACGGGCCAGAAGCGGCGGUUGUGUCGUCAUGUGA